AAGAGGACGCUUAAUUGUUAGGAAUUAGGUUAUAGGAGAGAGAAGUUAUUUUAAAGAGGAGGAGAGAAGAGUGAAUUUGGAAUUGAGAAUUGGUUAAGAAAUUAAGAAAAGAGGGAAGAGAAAGAAUGAUGUGAAAGAAAAAGUGAGUGAUGAUGGAAGAAAGGAAGAUGAAGGUUCGGUCGGAAAGGGAGAAGACGAAAGUGGUGAUUAGGCAUUUGCCUCCUUCUCUCACUCAAUCCGAUCUCUUCCACCACAUCGAUUCGCACUUCGCUUCACGCUACAAUUGGUUCUCUUUCAGACCCGGCAACACCAGCCACAAGCGUCAGAGGCAUUCCCGAGCCUAUAUAGACUUCAAUUCUCCUCAUGAUGUUUUCCAGUUCGCUGAGUUCUUCGAUGGACAUGUUUUUGUUAACGAGAGAGGUGCCCAACAUAAAGCGAUUGUUGAGUACGCCCCUUCCCAGCGUGUUCCAAAGCCAACUACCAAGAAGGACGGACGUGAAGGGACCAUCUACAAAGAUCCAGACUAUCUGGAGUUCCUCAAACUCAUUGCAAAGCCACAUGAGCAUCUUCCCAGUGCAGAGAUACAAUUGGAAAGAAAAGAAGCUGAACAAGCUGGGGCUAACAAGGAAACACCUAUUGUCACUCCCUUGAUGGAAUAUGUUCGACAGAAACGUGCUGCUGACACUGGUAUGCAGGCCUCAUCAGCAGUGGCAAAAGUUAGCAGAAGAUCCAGAGCUGCUUUGCCUGGCAAGCCUGGCUCGGGCAAUACUAAACGAGGAUCUGAAAAGAAGAAGUAUGUUCAGAAGGACAAUGCCAAGAGUGCUGUUCGCAGAGAGUCAAAAGACAAGUCAUCCUUUAUUGUGGUUCCCCGGCGAGAGGAUCUAUCAGCUGAAUCAAGUAUGAAAGGAAUUUCUGAAAUUGAAGCAUUGCAUGGCAUUGAAGGUUCCAUUUCUGGAAUUCCACUGUCUUCUGACUCGGGAAAGAAAAAAAUCCUUCUUCUAAAAGGGAAACAGCGGGAAAUUCCCAGUGCCACUGAGGGUACAGUAAAACAGCAAAACCUACAAUCUGGAAAUUCUCCUAUUUCAACUCAUCCAAAACAGAACCAGAGACGGGAAAAUAGUGGAAGAUUGAUCAGGAGCAUACUUCUAAAUAAUGAAGCUCGUCAAAGUCAGUCUACUACUGGGACACAACAUAAAAUUCAAAUUUUAAGUUCAGAGAAUGGGAAGCGACCACCUCGUCCUUUUGGUUCAAGGUCUGGGUUAAAUGAUCAACAUUCAUAUCACGACACUGCACAAGUUAAUUCUGAAGGGGAUUCUAAGAGUGCUUUGGAUGAAAAAUUCGUAAAAAGGGAUCCACAUGGUUUGGGUAGUGGUGAGAAAACAGAAAAACGUACUAGAAGCAAGGAUAGACCUGAUCGUGGUGUUUGGACACCCCUUCGUCGUUCUGAUGUUUCGCAUGCUAGUAGUGACUACUCAUCAUCCUCAAUGGCACAACCUACUCUGUCAAAUCCUGAAUCCACUGAAGGAGAAGUAAAAGAAAAUGUUACUUCUUGGAACAGGGGAAGUGAAAUCUCUGCUUCUGCAGGUGGACGAGGCAAUCCUUCUAUUGAGAAUGGUUCCCAAAGAAAUUUUGCACGUCGUGGAGCUUCCUAUGUAGUGAAGGAUGAUGGUGCAGUCGGUAUAAGUGAAGGGAAACAUUCAAAGAAAAGUGUUGGGCACAGUGCUCAUGAGAAGCAAGUCUGGGUUCAGAAAUCUUCUUCAGGGUCUUAAAAUAUGUGAUUAUGUCUACUCAGUCAGGACAUCAUUCCUGCAAAGUUGAGCUAUGGUCUUUGUUAAGGAUAUCAUUCAUCAUCCACAACUAAUUAAGGUCAACCUGAGUCCAAGCAACUUGAAAGUAAAAUGAUCCGGUUGUUUGCCUGAUGGAGCCUGCACAAUAAAGGGAAUGCAAAGUUACAGACCUCGUUGACAUGAUUAUCUACUGAAAACAGAUUGACAUUGUUAACCAUAUGGGUGCGUUUAGACUCGUUAUGGUUAGUGUCUCCUUGAAUUGAGAAUAUUUCAGUGUUGCGAAAUGUUUGUGUUUGGGUUGUAACUGUAAAGUUCUUGGUAUAUAACAUGGGACACUAUGUUGGAAAGAGUGAAAAAUCUGGUCCCGUUCAGUGGACAAGUAGUUGGUUAUAUAGUAUUUUGUAUUAAAGGCUAGUAGUUUAUUUUUAGCGUGCACAUGGUGUACGUGAUAUUGUAAGGAUAUUAUAACGCCCUUGGUCCUCAAGAAACACCCAUAUCCCAUGAAUGAAGAUUUUUUAAUAUAUUCGCUAAA